AUGAGCAAACGGAUGAGUGCACAGCCUGAUGAGACAGUGUGCGACAGGUCAUCAUUUCUAGUUGUGCUGGAGCGCGAUGAUGGAGUGGAUGCUCAGGUGACUCCAGUGAGGAAGGAAGCCCAAAUAGUUCAGUAUGCACCUCUAUGUGAGCUGAUUGCUGUGUUUGACGAGCAAGAAGCACUCCACAAGAUUGAGAGCCCCAGUGGAAACCCCGCAAGCCGGCAGAGCCCAGAUGCUUUUGAGACGGAAGUGGCUGCCCAACUGGCUGCGUUCAAACCAGUCGGUGGGGAAAUUGAAGUAACCCCUUCUGCUCUGAAAUUAGGCACUCCACUACUGGUGAGGAGAAGCAGUGACCCAGCGCCAAGCCCACCCGCUGAUGCCCAGUCAAGCGCUUCACUCCCCGGUGGUCAGAGUCUGAAACCUGUGAUUCCAAAUUCCACAGAGGAAUUAGAAGAUGGAGAAGUUAUGAAUGGUAUGCAGACAGAACUACUGACAUCACCGAAAACUAUGGAUGUGUUGAGUGAUAUGACAAGAACAGUGGAGAUUUCCGGGGAAGGAGGCCCCUUGGGAAUACAUGUAGUGCCUUUCUUUUCAUCUCUGAGUGGAAGGAUUCUAGGACUCUUCAUUCGUGGCAUUGAGGAAAACAGCAGGUCCAAACGGGAGGGACUGUUUCAUGAAAAUGAAUGUAUUGUAAAAAUCAACAACGUGGACCUCGUAGACAAAACCUUUGCUCAGGCUCAAGACCUCUUCCGUCAGGCAAUGAAAUCUCCAAGUGUGCUCCUCCGCGUGCUUCCACCUCAGAACCGGGAACAGUAUGAAAAAUCAGUCAUUGGACCUCUUACCAUUUUUGGCAACAAUGAUCGCAUGUUGAGAACAAAGGAGCCACCUUCUGUCCUUGGAAAAUCAGGAAUAAAGACAAUAAAUCUCACAGGAACAAGCAGUCCUGAAGAAGAUGCAUCUUCUCUGCAACAGAGCAAGAGCCCCCGAGUACCAAGACUAGGUAGAAAACCAUCCUCUCCCUCCCUCUCCCCGCUCAUGGGGUUUGGCAGCAAGAAGAAUGCAAAGAAAAUUAAGAUUGACCUAAAGAAAGGGCCUGAAGGACUUGGUUUCACAGUGGUUACCAGAGAUUCCUCCAUACAUGGUCCGGGUCCCAUUUUCGUGAAAAACAUUUUACCAAAGGGAGCAGCAAUAAAAGAUGGCCGCCUGCAAUCAGGGGACAGAAUUUUGGAGGUCAAUGGCAGAGAUGUCACCGGACGAACUCAGGAAGAGCUCGUGGCCAUGCUGAGGAGCACUAGGCAGGGAGAGACUGCAUCGCUGGUCAUAGCCCGCCAAGAGGGAACUUUCCUACCCCGAGAGCUGAAAGGAGAACCUGACUGUUGUGCAUUCUCCCUGGAAACAACUGAGCAACUUACCUUUGAGAUCCCGUUGAAUGAUUCUGGUUCUGCUGGUCUUGGGGUGAGCUUGAAAGGGAACAAAUCUCGAGAAACUGGAACAGACCUGGGGAUUUUUAUCAAGUCCAUCAUCCAUGGAGGUGCUGCUUUUAAGGAUGGCCGUCUGCGGAUGAAUGACCAGCUGAUUGCGGUUAAUGGGGAAUCUCUUCUGGGAAAGUCCAACCAUGAAGCUAUGGAAACACUUAGACGAUCCAUGUCCAUGGAAGGAAACAUCCGAGGGAUGAUCCAGUUGGUGAUUCUGAGGAGGCCAGAGAGACCAAUGGAGGAGCCUGCAGAGUGCGGGGCAUUUUCUAAGCCCUGCUUUGAGAACUGUCAAAAUGCUGUAACCACCUCCAGGAGAAAUGAUAAUAGUACAUUGCAUCCAUUUGGCACGUACAGUCCACAAGACAAACAGAAAGACCUAUUGCUUCCCAGUGACGGAUGGGCUGAGAGUGAAGUACCACCUUCUCCCCAACCACAUCCCGUUCUGGAAUUGGGCCUUGAAGAUUACAGCCACAGCUCUGGGGUGGACUCAGCAGUAUAUUUUCCAGAUCAGCAUAUCAACUUUAGAUCUGUGACACCAGCCAGGCAGCCUGAAUCAAUGAAUCUGAAAGCCUCAAAGAGCAUGGACCUCGUGCCAGAUGAAAGUAAAGUCCAUUCAUUGGCUGGACACAAAUCGGAUUCUCCAAGCAAAGAUUUUGGUCCGACUCUGGGUUUGAAAAAGUCCAGCUCCUUGGAGAGCCUCCAGACCGCAGUUGCCGAGGUCAGGAAGAAUGAACUUCCCUUCCACCGGCCUCCGCCACAUAUGGUCCGCGGCCGGGGCUGCAACGAGAGCUUCCGAGCUGCCAUUGACAAAUCUUACGAUGGACCUGAGGAGUCAGAAGCCGAUGGUCUGUCUGAUAGGAGCUCUCACUCCGGCCAAGGAGCUCUGAAUUGUGAAUCUGGCCCUCAGGGGAACUCUGAGCUAGAAAAUGCAGAAAAUAAAGCCAGGAAAGUCAAAAAAACGAAAGAAAAGGAGAAGAAGAAGGAAAAGGGCAAAUUAAAAGUCAAGGAGAAAAAGCAGAAAGAGGGAAAUGAAGAUCCAGAAAGGAAAAUAAAGAAGAAGGGAUUUGGUGCCAUGCUAAGGUAGGGACCUGCUUUUGAAGACGACAUUGGGUUACUUUGCUUUGGUUUGGUUUUUUCUCUCUUGAUGAAACUACUCAUUUGUGU